CCCGGGGAGGCUGGGCCCUGCAAGCUUCCAGUGGAACCGAGUCUCUCAGCCCUCAAGGAAUCUGCGCACAGGCGAGGACCGCGAGGGGUGACUGGGUUCCCCCUAGCUGGGACCCAGGGCGCUGAGUCAGCGUAACCGGAGCCGGGUGAUAGUGAAGCCCCCGCCCCCGGGCCUGCGCCCCGCCCUGGGAGAGGACCAGCCUGGUGGCAGCGGCUCUGCGCAGCAGCGGGCGACAGCUGGGCCAGGCGACAGCGCAGCCGCCCAAGGCGCAGAAUGACAGCCAUAGGCGCUCAGCACCAAAUAAAUGGAGUGUGAUGGUGCUGGCCUGUAAUCCCAGCACUCAGGAAGCAGAGGCAGGAGGAUCCGAAAUUUAACAUUAUCCGUGACUACAUAGUGAGUUCGAAGCCAAACUGGGAUACAUGAGGCUGGAACAAAGAAAAACAAAGGCAAAGAGGGCCCAGAGGCUGUUGGGCCCUAAGAGGCCCCGACGGUCCUUCUUCGAGUCCUUCAUCCGAACUCUCAUCAUCGUGUGUGCUUCCCUGGCUGUGGUACUCUCUUCAGUCUCCAUCUGCGAUGGCCACUGGCUCUUGGCUGAGGACCGUCUCUUUGGUCUGUGGUACUUCUGCACCAUUAACAAUCACAGUGAACCACACUGCUUGAGAGACCUGAUCCAGGCCCACGUGCCUGGACUGGCUGUUGGCAUGGGCCUAGCACGCAGUGUGGCCUCUAUGGCUGUGGUAGUUGCUAUUUUUGGCUUGGAGCUGCUAAUGGUGUCCCAGGUGUGUGAGGAUGUUCACUCGCGGCGCAAGUGGGCCAUUGGUUCUUACCUCCUCCUAGUGGCCUUCAUCCUCUCUUCUGGGGGGCUCCUCAUCUUUGUGAUCCUCCUCAGGAAUCAGAUCACCCUCAUCGGCUUCACCUUGAUGUUUUGGUGCGAAUUCACUGCCUCCUUCCUUUUCUUCCUCAAUGCCGCCAGUGGCCUUCACAUUAACAGCCUCACUCAGCCCUGGGACCAACUAAGGAAAUUCUAGGGCUUCUCCAGGGACCUCGGCUUCUACAAGAAAGUGUGGUCAAGAUGGGAAUUCUCUAACAUGGGACCUCUGGCUGGACUGGAGUGGGACAAUGACCUUGAAGCUGCCUCUUUGCUAUGCUAGGUUCUAGAAAUGGUCCUGGAGGGUCCCUGCAGCUGUCCUCAGGGCCAGAGACCAAGUGAGUGCCUCAAUGCCACCAGCAUACCAGCUUGUAUAGAUUUAGCCACGUCAUUAUAUGUCGAGUCUAAAAGAGGAAACAUUUAUAAAACUAAAAUUUCUUUCUUGGGUA